CGGCCGUGCGUGUGCCCUGCAGAGCGGGAGGCGGUGGUGGAGUGCGCCCUGCAGCUGCGGAGGAUAGGUGACAAGUGGGACCUGCGGCAGAAGAUCCUGAACCUCCUCACAAAGCUCUUCUGCCCCGAAACGUGAGCCCCCCGCCACCUCGGACGCGGCGUGCUGAAAAGGAGGGGAAGACCUUUGGCUUUGUGGAUUUGGGACAAGAGACUUCACUGACAGCUGGGAGAUGAAGGAAGCUCUUUGCGUUGUAUUUUUGCUGCCUGCAGCCGCCGAAGGAUGGCUGUCGCAACAUGAUUCUUUGAAGAAUGUUGCAGCGAUUAUCAGCGUAUGAAUGCCAGGUGGGGGGAAAAAACCAAAGAUAUCGAUGGGUAGAGCCCCUCGCCACACAGUGGGGAGACUUUGGGGCAAGACAGAACUUGCCCUUCAGCCUGGUCUGAGAUGACUUCCUGGAGCCUGGUGUCCCCAGCCUCCCUCUGGUCCUCGUGUCCCACAGCUACCUCUUGCCCAGGAGCUCCGACCACCUUUGGGAAGGAACAAACAAACAAA